GGGACGACGCUAGCUCUGCAAAAUCACGCCGGUAAGUAAGGCGUUACUUUAAAUAGAAGUUCCCAGAGAGACUUUCACAGAUGUAUAGACUGGGAAGAAAUAGAUCUAUUCUGAUCAGUACUGCUAAAAUUGUGCAUUUCUUGAAUAUAUGGGACCUGUUUAUGGUGAAUCGUGCUAUUUAAAUAUUAACAUGUACUUGUAGUUGAGGAAAAGUUACGUAUAGUACAAAAACGAAGGAGACGCAUGCAAAAGAGUAAAUCAAGUUCGCGACAUUGAGUAAAGAGUAUAAAUGUAUGUUUUGUUAAACGAAAAUUGCUGCUUUGAAGCCCUUCAGGGCCUUAAUUUCAUUACUUGGACAGCGCAAAAUUCUUGUGCAGGUCGGGGCAAAUAAUAUCCCAGUUCCAUUAGGUAGGGGGGGGGGGGGAGAUCAUCGAGAAAAGCUGCAUACGAACAACUUCAGAUCUAAAAAGCUUUGCUCAUGCUGAGGGAUAGUUAAUGAAAGGAGAAAGGAUCGUCAUUUUAACAAUCAUGUUUCAUUAAGCUCGAUCGUAAUUUCCUACCAAUUUUGUCUUUUACUGGGAAAAUGCAAAUAGUUAUGGGAAGGGGAAAUGAAAGGCUUUAUUUAUAUUCUGGCAUUCCUUUGUUUAGACCAGAAGAAGAUAAGAAGGCGAAAGAGGAAGAGGAACGUAGAAAGAAAAAACAGGAGGAAGAAAGAAAACGUCGUGAAGCAGAGCAACAACAACAACAGGAGGUUGUAUAUCUUGAUUAACCUAAAGAAACCGUAUAGAUAAACAGAAUCUGGAUUUUGGUCAAGAAAUAGUGGUACUUGUAAAUUGCGGAUGCAAAUAUGUUGCUUAUUGUUGUUGUUAGGAGGAGGAAGAAGAGGAGGAGGAAGAAGAAGCUUCCCCACCUGCGAAGGGCGGUGACAAGACUGAUGGUGCCAAGACUGCUUUUGAUAAAAUUGAUGAUGAUAGAAAACGUAAGUCAUGUCUUAUAUAUAUUGACUUUAUUGGUAGCAUCGUGUUGUACAAGGAAGGCAUGAAUCACUUGCCUGACCAUUCACAACUCAAAACGAAACGUGCGAGCGAGGUUGUAAUUCCCGUACAAAGCAGAGUGGUCACUUUAAAGAUAUUAUGUAGGUGAAAUCUGAGCGGCUAAAGGGAUAUCAGUUAAAGGUAGCAAAACAUUCAAUACAUGCGAUCGACAAGAUUAGGCUGAAAACUUGGCAUGUUUUAUUUCACCUUUCCCUAAGAUGGCCUGUGGAAGAAACGAGAUUUAUGACUUUGUGUUUGCCGUGUGAUUUUACGGCAAUUUUAUUGUAACUCUUGCAAGCAUUCUUUCAUUUUAACCAAGGAAAUAACAUAUACUCGAACAUUUAAAAUUGACCAACAAACCAUAAUACACGGUCCUUUCGUACGUCCUUGCAUGUCCGUUCGUGAAUAUAUGAAAUGUUCUGAUUUAUCUUAUGGGGACUCCAUUGUCUGCAGCUUGCCAGACGUUUGUAUGUUUGUCAGUCGUAUCUAAUUGACGUGACUGUUUCAUUAUUUUAUAUAUUUUAACCACGAUAGGUCGAAUCAUUGAUUCUCUGAUUGACCGUUUGUAUGAGCUUGCUGAAGAAAGAGAUGCGAAGAACAAACCCGCUGCAAAGACCGCUACAUCCGGGGCAUCAACUGCUGACAUCAGCUCACUGGAUCUCAAAGUGCGCUCACUGCGCACGCGUCUGCGUAAUGCAGAGAAUGCUACGGAGAGUCUUGCCAAACAACAGAAAGAUGUCGAAAUGAAAAUCAAACUGAACCAUCAAGAGGUUAGUAGUAAUAACCAAAGAUCUGUGUGAAUUUUAAUAGAACUGAGAGAAAUGAAUCAAAGAUUACAUGUGCUAACAGAAUAAUCGCGUACAUGACCAAAUUUAUCAAUAAAGGAAUACCGAAUGGUUUUCCGUGCAGGAUUGCGUGAUCCAUGCACGAGGGAUGUUGCGAGACUUUCGGAAAGCGUAAAAAUACACGAGCCGUAGGCGAGUGUAUUUUUACGCUUUCCGAAAGUCGAGCAACAUCCCAAGUGCAUGGAUCAUGCUAUCCUGCACGGGAAAACCAUUUGGUAAUUGUUUUAUAAAAUUACUACAGUGAAACGACGCUUAACUUGAUUAAAAUUACUGAUGAAAUGUGCAGUUCUCACAACAUUCGUGAAUUAACCAAUCAGAGAAUCGCUUCUCCACGCUAUUGAAAACAACAACAUAUGUGAACAGAAUUUGAUCGCAAAUUCGCGAAAAUAUACAGCGAAAAUACAGGGAUUUUUUCGAUAAAAUAUACGAAAUUUGAAAUGGAAAACCCGCUACACAGAGAGCCAAAGUAUUUUUCAAGAUUCUCGACCUGAAUAUGUGAAGAUUGCGAAGCGUUUGAUCAACUUUGAAGCGAGAGAUGUUGUACUUGCAUGCCAUGGUCUGAUGAAUUUCAACGCUACGCAUUGCUACUUGCUGAACAGUAAUGUAUCGAUCAGAAAUUUAUUCAUACAACUAAACCAACGACUCAAUAAUUGCAAACUUACUUCAUAGUCGAAAGGUAUGGUACAAUGAAACUUUAUAAUGCGAGUAUAUUUCUAAAAUUAUGUGCAAGAAUUUUUGUUCAGAAUUUCCCGUGCAAGAUUGUCUGAUCCUGCACGGCUGUUGACCAAUCAAAUUGCGUGUUUCACUGUAGUUAUUAUAUAAUACGGAUUUCCACUUACACAGUACUUGAUUUAAUGCAAUGGAUAAGGUACCAUUUUACGAAUUGGUGCAUGGUCAAGGACGCCCAGUAUUAUAUCCAAGAAAUAAAUGGGAUUUUAAACAUGAACGAGGGAACACGCCCAACGACAGUCAGAACAAUAUUCUCAAAUACACUACUGUAAAAUAAAGUUGCUGUGUUUUGUGCGUUCUAUGAAUUUAAUACUGUUUCUGGAAAUUGAAACGAAAGACUUUCCGAAUGAAAGUCGGUCGAGCCAAAUAUUAGUACCAUUUGUCGCUGCCUGAAAUCUCUGUUUUGAUUUGAAGUAUUUCUUUUCCACGAGAUAUCAAACAUCAUUGUGUUAAUAGCCGUUGGUUUGCCAUUCAUAGCCAUAGCUAUUGUCGCCCUGGGCCCUUCAACGAGGAACGUCUCAUGUAUCGUUGGUCUGUUUCCUGCAUGAGUACAAUAUAGUAUAUAGAAGCUCAAAUCUUCUUUGAAUCGGUAUUAUGAAUUAAUUAAUUAAUUAAUGGUAUCAUUAAACAAAGAGUGCUUUAUAAUUUUAUCUGUAGGUGGAACGACUUCGCAAGGAAUACGCUGCAAGUGAGGCCGAGUAUAACGAAGCCAUUAAGAAUGGUGCUGUGGUGCCCGAGGCACCAAAACGUGGGCGAGGUACGGGCGCUGGAAAGGGCGCAGGCUUCUUUGAUGUUGUCAAGAAAGCUCAGUCAUCGCUUUGGGAAGACAAAUUCCGCGCAUUCAAAGAGAAACAACGAGAAUCAGCAUCGGUAAGUUGUACUACUGCAAGUAAAAAUACACUAUUCGCAAAUAAUGUAGUCUAAACGUUUUAUCUAAAGGCCAAAAUUUACAACCGAAAACCCUGGAGGUCUAAGUGUGAAAAGUAAAGUGGUUUUUGCCACUUUUUAACGCUUGUAUUUGUUCAUACAUUAAUUUGCAAAGAAUAAUUUUCAUUCCACAUUUCGAAAGGUAAUCUUUUGCAUUGGAUUAGUUAAAAUGUACCUGGUUACCAUAAAUUAAUUAUUAUUUUCUAAUUGCCGGUACCGGCAGCAAAUGUUUGAUUAACAUAAUCCAGACGGUGCUUUUUUGGUCUUUUGACCAUGGUGGAAGGGGGGCGAUGGGGAAUAUUAAUUUUAAAUUUUACAAUAUUCAUAUUUAUAUUGCUACCAACAAAAUAAUUAUUCCUACUCAAAAACUUUACUUUAAAACUUGUUACUCAAUAUCCAAAAUUCAUCUUCUACCCAAAUACGAUUAAUAGUGUGUAGUCGGGUAUAUUGAUGUUGUGUUUUUCAACUAUACUGUUUUUAUGUCAAAUUGGACAAAGAUAUCCAUCCCAGUACAGGCCAUGAAACAUUCGUAUGGAAAAUUGUAUCCCAUUUGACUGAGAUCCCACUUAGCUCAUGGUGAGAUCUCACCUAGUCGGGCUGGCCCGUUUCACAUAUGAAAACAAAAUGAAUUUUAUAUGCUUUGUCAAAGGGAAUGUAAAUGUAGUUUUCCAUUUAGCUGCCCCCACGUUAAACUGACCCUAAGAAACCGAUUGCAAAAUCAGGAAUAGUGUAAUGGUAAUGAAUGAAUUGUUUUCAAAUUGCGGUUAUCGUCAUGGACAUUGUCAUUGUGUUUGUUAGAACCAACCAGCGUGGGUGAACAACUUGCGUAAGAGCGACAAUAUCAUUGGAACCACUGUAAUGAAACGUGAAGACCCCGAGAAGAAAAAAGAAAAAGCAGCCUGGCAAAAUCAACCCAAGCUUCACAAGGCUGUCAUUGAUCCACGUGCCAAGAAAGAGGCUGAACCUGCGGGAGCAAAGAAACCCGCAUGGUCAGGUGUGUCUUUAAAGAAGGCUGAAAAGAAGUAG